AUGUGGCAACAAAACCUUGAGCUGGACUUUGAGACAAGGCACGAGGACGAUCGCCAGUGGGAAGAUAUGCUUGUUAGAGACUUCAUGUGCCACGACGUGGCUUGCCUCCAUCGAGAUGUUCCGCUGAGGACAGCUGCCAAGAUUCUGGUGAAUCUGCGAAUAAGCGGAGUCCCUGUUGUGGAGGCAUACGAAGGGGACUCAUAUGGAGCGGGGCAGCUGGUUGGAGUCCUCUCACAACGGGAUAUAUUAUGGAAAGAAACCGUACCAUAUCCAGGGGAGGACGACCACAUGCACCGAAUUUAUGAAGGUCCCAUGUCUCCUGUUCUGUGUGGCCAAAUGAGAAAGAUAGCAGCUAAAACUGUUGGAGAUGCCAUGACAUCAGACACCCUUUACAUUGAAGAGGAAGCCCUGAUAUCAGAUGCUGCUGAAUUGAUGCUUAAUAACAAUAUUGCGCGCCUUCCUGUCGUCGCUCCGCCCCCUAACGGCCCCGUCGCCGCCCCUAUCGGCCCCGUCGCCGCCCCUCGCGGCCACGUCGCCGCCCUUCGCGGCCCCGUCGCCGCCCCUUGCGGCCCCGUCGCCGCUCUUCGCGGCCCCGUCGCCGCCUCUACCGGCCCCGUCGCCGCCCUUCGCGGCCCCGUCGUCGCCUCUACCGGCCCCGUCGCCGCCCUUCGCGGCCCCAUCGCCGCCUCUACCGGCCCCGUCCCCGCCUCUACCGGCCCCUUCACCGCUGAGCCGCCUAGCAGCUAA